UACGGUGGAUGUUGAUUAUCUCUAUCAUACAAAGGCGCCAUCGGUCUGUCCAGUCAGUGCAGCGGCCCCUGUAGUGCAAUACCCGCAUGCGCAGUGCCAUCAGGCUGGUCGGGUAUCCUAUAGAUUUUAAGCGAUGUGCUUGAGCAGCCAGCACGGACCUCAUACAUGAUUUCUUUGGGAUAGAUUUCCGCUUGCCUUUGCAUUUUUGCCAAAUUUGGGGUUGAUGUCUAAUUGUCCGUAUAGCAGUGUUGGGGAUCAGCGGCUAUAACGGCAGAAUACGGUAAUUUAAAGGCGUUGGUCAUCACAUUGCAUCGGAUGUCAGUACACGCACCUCAAUCUCGAGAAGCAUAAGCAGGACCAAAUCCAGACGCAGGCAUGGAAGCUGUCACCCACUUUAUGAAUGACACGGUAGAGUUCUACAGAUGGAGCCUUACUAUAGCAGACAAGCGAGUGGAGAAAUGGCCGAUGAUGUCAUCGCCCGCCCCCACCCUGGCCAUCAGCUGCCUGUACUUGCUCUUCCUGUGGGCGGGGCCUAAGUACAUGCAGAAUCGAGAGCCUUUCGAGCUAAGGAAGACCCUCAUAGUGUACAACUUCAGUAUGGUGAUACUCAACUUUUACAUCGCCAAAGAGCUCCUCCUGGGUGCAAGAGCAGCGGGGUACAGCUACCUAUGUCAACCUGUCAGCUACUCCAACGACGUCAACGAAGUCAGGAUAGCGUCUGCUCUGUGGUGGUACUACAUCUCUAAGGGAGUGGAGUAUCUGGACACGGUGUUCUUCAUCCUGAGGAGGAAGUUUAACCAGGUCAGCUUCCUCCAUGUCUACCAUCACUGCACCAUGUUCAUCCUCUGGUGGAUCGGAAUCAAGUGGGUCCCUGGAGGACAGUCGUUCUUUGGAGCAGGCAUAAACUCAUCCAUCCAUGUCCUGAUGUAUGGAUACUAUGGCCUGGCCGCUUUCGGACCCAAGAUCCAGAAAUUCCUCUGGUGGAAGAAAUACCUGACCAUCAUUCAGAUGAUCCAGUUCCAUGUGACCAUCGGCCAUGCAGGCUACUCCCUCUACACUGGCUGCCCUUUCCCCGCUUGGAUGCAGUGGGCCCUUAUUGGCUACGCCGUCACCUUCAUCAUCCUAUUCGGCAACUUCUACUACCAGACCUACCGGCGCACCCCACACUCCGCCCCCAAAGCGGCCAAGUCCGUCACCAACGGUAUUUCCACAGCAACCAACGGCUACAACAAGUUAGAGGAGGUAGAGGAGAACGGGAAGAAGCAGCAGAAAAAGGGAAGAGUGAAGAGGGAGUGAGGAGGAAGAGGAGAGGACAGAGGGAGCUUCUGUCAGACCAAUAGGAGGACCGUGGGGUGAAAGGGCAGGGGAGGUAGGGGGGGUCAGGGGUGAAAGUUCAAAAGGCAGAUGGGAUUCCACCACACCCCUGCCCAUGCAGGAUGUUUUGAGGAUGUGAAUUGUGACCAACUUGCUGGUGAAGGUUUGUGUGUGUGUGUGUGUGUGUGUGUGUGUGUGUGUGUGUGUGUGUGUGUG